CACACACAGAGGUCAGUGAGUCUCGGAAGUGAUCUUUGAUUGGUCUUCCUGAGAUGACGCAGCCCUUGCGAGUCAUUGGUCCCUUUCUUCAGGUAAUCCUCGGCUAGGGAAGUGAUCGCUGUAAGAUUCAUUACGGUUGGUCAACUUAAUAUCGACAGCGAUCGGACGGCUGAGUAACGCGAGGAGCCGAGUGUCGUUCAAAUGACGGUUGAGCAGCGCGUGAGGAGCAAUGUCGUCCACUGAGAUAUGUUAGCUUGUUGACAGCUAGUUAGUUUAGCUAAGACACCCCUAAUUUAUCGAAAGAAACAACAUGGCGUGAUAAUAUAGGAAUAAGUCGAAAUAUUCCCUUUAGGGGAUGUUUAGUUGCAAACGGAUGCGUUGAGCAACAUAUUAUGUGUUUUGUGGACUUUCGAGUUAGCUUAGUUCGAUAGCUGAAAUCAUUUUAGUACGCAAGUGAUUUGUCAGUACGUUUGUGACAGUGUCUUUAAUAAUAUGUGGCGAGGAUUUACAGCUGAUAUCUAGUGUUGCUCUAGCUUCCUCUUUGUUAGGGCUUGGCUUGUGACUAAAGUGUUCCUGAGGUUAAAUAUAUACUCCCCUAUCGCUAUACUAUUAGUCACAUUUUUUGAAAAUGAAAAAUUGCGAGUAUCAACAAAUAGACCCACGAGCGCUCGGAACAUCGAACACCCGGACCUCCACCACUUUGCCCUGUGGAAGGAAAAACUCCCAGCGCCUACGGAGGAAAUGGGAAGUUUUCCCUGGAGAAAAUCGCUUCUACUGUGAUGGGCGUAUUAUGUUGGCCAGGCAAUGCGGUGUGCUCCCGCUAACCAUCGGCCUAAUUUUCAUCACCAGUGGCUUAUUUUUCACUUUUGAUUGCCCCUUUCUGGUGCGUCACCUUACUGUCUUCAUUCCAGUAAUCGGUGGGGUGUUAUUUAUAUUUGUCAUCACCGCCCUCCUUCAAACCAGUUUUACAGACCCAGGGAUAUUACCCAGGGCUUUGCCGGAUGAGGCUGCAGACAUUGAGAGACAGAUUGAUAAUUCUGGAUCUUCAACAUACCGUCCACCUCCCCGUACUAAAGAGAUCCUUAUAAAUGACCAGGUGGUCAAGCUUAAAUACUGUUUCACAUGCAAGAUGUUCCGUCCGCCCCGGACAUCCCACUGCAGCCUGUGUGACAACUGUGUCGAGCGUUUCGACCAUCAUUGUCCUUGGGUGGGGAACUGUGUUGGGAAGCGAAACUAUCGCUUUUUUUAUGCAUUCAUAGUGUCUCUAUCCUUUCUGACCUCCUUUAUCUUUGGCUGUGUGAUCACUCACCUCACUUUAAGAUCACAAAUUGGGAGUGGUAUCAUCCAGGCAAUACAGGACAGCCCAGCCAGUCUUGUCGAGCUGGUCAUUUGCUUCUUCUCCAUCUGGUCCAUUCUUGGUCUGUCAGGUUUCCAUACUUAUCUUGUGGCCUCCAACCUCACAACCAAUGAAGAUAUUAAAGGCUCUUGGUCCAGUAAAAGAGGAGAAGAAUCAGGGAAUCCUUACACCUAUAACAACAUCUUCACAAACUGCUGUGUGGUGCUUUGUGGGCCAAUGCCACCCAGCUUGAUUGACAGAAGAGGCUUUUUACCUCCAGCUGACACACCUCAAACAAUGACCUCUGACACUGAGCUCCCUCCUUUCAGGGCUAAGAAUGACGCAAAUAUGUGCACACAGGGCACAAAGGAGCUUUUAGAAUCAAUGGCACACUCCACAGUGAUCCAGAGCACCUGCUCUCCUGGCACACCCAAAACUGCCCCGGUCACCCAAGAGAGUCUACUACGUACCGUCUCUAUCACCGUCUCUCCCCCCAACAGGCCUCCUUCUACCGGCUGCUCAGGCCACCAAGCCCGGCGCCCCAUAGAUGUUCCCUGCUCCCAGAGAGGGAACAAACGGGCCGCUCUUCACACCCAUAAACCCUUGUUGCGUGUACCCAGCCCUCCCUACUCCCUCGGCCACAGUCCACUCAUUCUUAGUGACGCUCCUGACAUGGGCUUCAUCCCACUGAACUGAGAAAAGUAUCUCUGCCACCAGCAGCCUUGUGCAAAUACUCUCCUCUCUGUUUCAACUUUGAGAACAGCAUCACACUUUUUAAGAAACUGUGACUUACUAUACUCAGGAUCCUCUCAGGAAACAUGCCAUCUUUCUACAAAUGGGAAUAAGCCUGCAUUGACUUUUUAAAUAACAGAGGGAUUUCAAGAUUGUUUUGUUCCGUUAACAUCAACAUACACUUGGUGGAGAGAUGCAAAACAUCUUCAGAAGAUGCUUUUGUUUUUCAUUCAUUUUGCACAAAAAUAUCGGCAGAUGAUGAGUGUUUUACAGAACCUCAAGCCAAUUUUUUUUUUUUUUUUUUUUUUUUUUUUUUCUGCUUGGACCUAAUGCAAUAAUUAUAUGCUUUGAAAGGUCAAUUGGGUCUAAAAAAAAAAGCCUUACUUCAGAGUCACUUCUGUUCAUUUUUUGUGGUGUUGAAGACCUUCUACAAAAAAGUAAUUGGUUAAAAAGUAUUCGCACCAACAGCCAAGUAUAUAAACAGCAGUUUUAUGAAUGGGUAUCAGAGAGCUCAGGAUUAGAGGGUUUAUGAUUUAUUUGUGUACGUGAUACAAUGUUACUGUUGUUCCAGGGGUUUUUAUCUCCUGUAUAAUGUUGCGGCUACCAGUAAGUGAAUUAACAGCUUUCAUAUUUACGUUUGUUUUGUGUCCAUUUUAAUACCGGGUUUUUCCUUCAUUGAAAAUUUUUCAGUGGCAUCCUGAAGCAAAUGUAAUAGUAUUUGAUACAAUAUCUUUCCCCUAUGAUCAUUGUCUUCAUGUUGAUUUCUGCAUUUUUAGAUGCAAAGUGCGUGAACUACAGACCACAAAACCCGUGUGACCCAUUUAAAUUGUUUAAAGUUCUGUUGAGGAAGUCAAACAUCUUAGACAACUAGUUAGCCCUAAAUUCUUAAUCAUCAAUAGUCUUGGGAAUGCAAAUGUGGAUGCACUUUGUGGUAGUAAAUUUGAUAACGCUGUUCUACAUUUAAGUUUUAACUAAUGCAUUAAUUAGUUAAUGCAUUAGGUAUCAUGAACUAACAAUGAAUGAAUGAUUUUACAGAAUUUAUUAAUCUAAUAAAUGUUAAAUUAUACAUAUACUUUUUAACAUUUCAACAAACAUUCAUGUAUUAUGAACAAACAUUACUUGGGUAGUUGACAAAUAAAAUUUGGACUGUGUCCGAUGGUGUGACAUAGCAAAAAUGUAGGAAAAAAAACUUAACAUACAAAUAACAUGAGAAAAAUGUAUCUUCAUUCUUAGAGUUACAAAUAGCAUGAGAGAGGUUUAUCUGCAGUGUUAUUUUUAUUUUUAUUUUUUUUUUACAUUUUUCUGUCGCACCAUAGGACACAUUGAUAUGUCAACUACCCACUUAACUAUAAUUUAGAUUUUACUUUUUUUUAAAAAAAGCUGUUUUCAUAAUUUUAAGCUUACCAUAUGUAAAGUGUUAAAAUUCUGUCAUUCGACAUGUAAUUGUAUAAUUAUAAAAAUUCAUUGCAUUUUGUGUAAUCAGUCAAAUUUGCAUGUGUAUAUAAGCUACCACUGAAAAUCAUUUUGAAUUGAGGAAAAACCCUGUAGUAUUUCUGACUUUUCACUGGUGGGUCAAAGAUUGUUUUCUGAUCAUUAUUAAAGUGUUUUUACUAAGCUUGAGAGAAGAACUGUUUUAACUGAAACCUUUUGCCUUGAGAUUUGAUGGAUUACUGAUGAAUUAUGAGUUAAUCAUAUCAUCAUUAAGAUUAUCAAGUUUUUUUUAAUAAAUAGGAAUCUGGCACAGUAAUAAAGUUGACAGUAAAAGUUUCACAAUAUUUUGCUCCUCUAAAAACAUAGACUUACAGAAGUUAAUCACUGCCAGCGGUGUUAGAGGAAAAAUAAAAGAAUGUAUGACUUGUGUUUUGUGUUGUUAUCCUUUUUCACCUGAAGACUUAAUGACAAAAAGUAAUAAACAAAUGUUCUUUCCUCUUGUGA